GUGCCCGCGGAGAGUCCUCUGAGCGCGGCUGCCGCGGCGCUUCCACAGUGUCUCCGACAGCCCCCGGCGCCGGGACUUGGACCCUCGCCGCCCCUUGCGAGCCGCCGCGGCCUCCACUGCUGCCCGAGUCCCUUCCCUUGCCGAGGCGCCCACACCCGGGAGCGGCCCGGCUCGCCGACAUCUCGGAGGCCGCGUCUGGCGCGCAUCUGGAACCGCCCGGCCGGCCGCGCUGGAUCCCGCGCCCGCCCUGGCCCGGCCGCGCCGGGAGCCCUGCCCGGAGCUGGAGCCGCACCUAGAGCCGCGGGCCCUGGGCCCUGAGCCGCGCGGCCGGCGCAUGGUGAACUCGCUGCUGUUUGGGGAGAUGGCCUUGGCCUUCGGCUGCCCGCCGGGUGGCGGCGGCGGCGGGCCUGGGGGCUGCCCCGCCGGGGGCGGCGGCGGCGGCGGGGCCGGGCCCGGGCCGUCGCCGGUGACGGCGGCGCUGCGGGACGACCUGGGCUCCAACAUCCACCUACUCAAGGGGCUCAACGUGCGCUUCCGCUGCUUCCUGGCCAAGGUGCACGAACUGGAGCGGCGCAACCGGCUGCUGGAGAAGCAGCUGGAGCAGCAGCAGAGCGAGCGCGAUCGGCGGCUGCGCUACAAGACCUUCUCCCGCGAGCAGGCCGUGCAGACCGGGCCGGAUCUACUGAGGCCCCCCGCUCCCGGCGGCGGGCCGGGCAGCGGCGCGGCGGCCGGCGCCAACGCCAACCACGCCGCGGCCCUGGGUGGCCUGCCUCCCGGUGGCGGCUCGCACCCGCAGUACUACGGCCGCCUGCCCGGGACCAUCUGGAGCUACACGCAGGUGCGGCGCACGGGCGGCGGCGGCGUGGAGACCGUGCAGGGCCCCGGAGUGUCGUGGGUGCAUCCCGACGGCGUGGGCGUGCAGAUCGACACCAUCACGCCCGAGAUCCGCGCGCUCUACAACGUGCUCUCCAAGGUGAAGCGCGAGCGCGACGAGUACAAGCGGAGGUGGGAGGAGGAGCUCGCCAAGCGCGUGAACCUGCAGACCAUGGUGGACACGCUGCAGGAGGCAGCGCAGGAGGCGGAAGCCAUCCAGGAGGAGAUGAACGAGAAGAUUGAGCGUCUCAAGGCCGAGCUGGUGGUGUUUAAGGGACUCAUGAGUGACCCCAUGACAGACCUGGACACAAAGAUCCAAGAAAAGGCCAUGAAGGUGGACAUGGACAUCUGCCGCCGGAUCGAUAUCACGGCCAAGCUGUGCGAUGUCGCACAGCAGCGGAACUCGGAAGACGUGUCCAAGAUCUUCCAGGUGGUCCCCAAAAAGAAAGAGCGUAAGGUGGCUUCCGACGACGACAUCUCCGAGCAGGAUGGGGAGGUGAACCGGUUCUCAGAUGACGAGGUCGGCUCCAUGAACAUCACAGACGAGAUGAAGCGCAUGUUUAACCAGCUGCGGGAGACCUUUGACUUCGACGACGACUGUGACAGCCUGACGUGGGAGGAGAAUGAGGACACGCUGCUGCUCUGGGAGGACUUCACCAACUGCAACCCGGGCCUCGACCUGCAGGCCGAGCAAGACGAAAACCUGGGCAACCUGAUCCACGAGACCGAAUCCUUCUUCAAGACGAGAGACAAGGAGUACCAGGAGACGAUCGGCCAGAUUGAGCUGGAGCUGGCCACGGCCAAGAGCGACAUGAACCGCCACCUGCACGAGUACAUGGAGAUGUGCAGCAUGAAGCGGGGCCUGGACGUGCAGAUGGAGACCUGCCGCCGGCUCAUCAAAGGCUCCGCAGACAGGAAUUCACCAUCCCCAAGCUCCGUGGCCAGCAGCGACUCAGGAAGUACAGACGAGAUCCAGGACGACUUUGAGCGGGAGGCGGACGUGGAGCCCAUGGUCAGCUGAUGACUGAGGCACGCCCCCCACCCCCCCAGCCCGUGCCUGGUGGUCUUGGCGAUGGGGCCUCUGCACGCCUCUCCCCACGGGGCCAGGAAGUGGGGCUCCCAGCCCUGACCACGCAGACUUCCUGCGCCCUCCCUUCUCUGGAGGCCCCCAGGGACCGCUGCUUCCUUCCUUCCUUUCUCUGCCCACCACCACCCAGUGCCCCCUCCACCCACCCGAGGAAUGGUGCUGUCGAUUUCUAUCGUUCUCCACGUUACAAAUGCGACUUCUGUCCGAUGAUGCAGUGCUAACUGUGCCUUUUCCCUUCAGCUGAGCCACUUUGAGCUCCAAAGAAUUAUUCCUAGCAGGUGUUUUUAUACAAAACUCUAAAUGAGGGCCGGGGGGCCUCCCCGGGUGUGGUCAAUGCCUUUUUCUACCCUCCCACCUGCUCCUCUGAUUGGCCAUGAGCUCUGCCUUCCCGCCCCUGCUGGAGUUGAACUUGGGAUGGUCCACCUCCCCCCCAGGAAGGCGCUGUCUGCCUUCACCUUUCCAGGCCUGGGUGGGGACUUCCCGAGGGCACGUCAUUUACUGAAGUGGGGAGAAGGCUAGAAGGAGGGAGGGAAGGACAAAUUUUUCUUUUCUUUUUGGAUCGAGUGGCAAAGCAGAGGGAGAAGGCACUGUGGGGGAAGGUGGAGCCUCACUGUGUUUAAACUACUAUGCAAAAAAAACAAAAAACAAAAAAAAGCAGCUUGCCUUAUACCAUUGUGGGAGGCGGGCCCUCUAGCUCCUUGGUUUUCCCCUGGAGCUGGGAAGGAGGCGGAAGCUAGGGUGAUCUCUCUCUCUCUCACAGCCUCUGAGGGUGAGCACUGACUUGGGAGGGGGUUUGGUCAAGGUUGGUAGUGAGGUGGGGGUCCCAAGGACCUCAGCCACCUGACUGCUUGCUUUCUUGGGACUUCUGUGGGCUGGGGAGGUGGGUGGGGGGGUGGGGGUGGGGAAUGUCUUUUAUUGCCCUGAUGUUUUUUUUUUUUUUUUCCCCAGCCAACCAUAAGGGGAUAUAGAUCUGAAAUUUCUCUGUGACAAAGUCUGGAGGGGGCCAGGCCUGGUAGCCACUGCCUCCUCUAGGGAGCUGGGUCAGUACUGCCUGCCAGCAUCUUGGUUCUCCACUGUGCCCCAGCUGCCCACUGUUUGGCCACUGGUGGGCACUGGAAAGGGAAGCGGAGGGAGGCAGCAGGGACUGCUGGCAGAGAGGAAGUGGCCGGAGCGGGAGCUCGCCUGAGAGCCACGCUCAUGGACACGCUCACCUCUGCUGUAAUUCACUGCUUGAUUGAUCCGUUGGAGAGUUAAUCUGAGCCAGUAUCUCUCCAGACUUGAGUGGACCUGAGUCAGAAGGCAUUGUGUGGAGGCCACCCUCAAAUCUCAGCUGGGAGCCCGCAGAGCAGGCUUUACUUUUUUUUUUUUUAGUAUCUUUUUGGACCCGCUACUCACUACUACCAAUCCCCUUGUAUGAUUGGGGAUUUUUGGUUUUGUUGGCUCAGGAGCUCCCCCUGGAGGUCAGAGGAGCAAAAUGUGCCCAAGGACCAGAGCUCCUUACUACCCCACGGCCUGUGUCUGCAGGCAGAGGAGGGGCUCUGAGAUCAGGACUCCCGUCUUUCCUCCCCAGAGGACCAGUGACCUGUAAGGGCCUCCUCUCUCUUCCGUUUCCCCACCUGUUUUGCAGUCUUAAAACCAUUGUAUAUAAUAUUCAUACUAUAUAAAUAUAUAUAUAUAUAUAUAUAUAUGGAGAGAGAGGAGAAUGUUAGUGAUGGUGUGUAAUUUUUAUUUAUGAGAACUUGGUGGCCUUUAUUGUGAGUUUUUUUCUUUUUUUUUUUUUUGCUUUGUUUUGUUUUCGUGGGGGAACCUCCUGCUGGUUCCCUGUCAAAGUCUGGCUGAACGUCUUCCACUCCCAGCAUCUCUUAGCCAGAUAGUCCCUCGUUAGGUACGUGAAGGGACGAGGUUUCGGAGGAGAGAUCACCCACUUCCUCUCCUUCUCACUGACCCUUGUUCUAAAGGUUACAGGGUUCAAACAGAUUAUUAUUGUCGUUAUUGUUAUUGUUGUUUUAUUUUUAUUUUAACCAAAGGUUAUCAGAGCCAGUUGGGCUUGGACCUCAGCUGCUGAAAAGAUUUUCCGUUUCUGGGAGGGUGGGAAACCGGCCCCCCUGCCCCCGGGCCUCCUCUGCCCAGGGUGAGGGAGGCAUUGAGGAGUGCUGUGGGCAGGUGGGCAGAAUGGAAGCCUGCCUCAGGGUGGUGGGAGGGUGACAGUUGAGUUACGACAGUAAGGCAGCAACAGGAGUAUGUAGGGGGUAACUACGGUUACUGCAGUGCCCGCUGUCCAGUGGUGUUAUUUUUCCUUCCCCCCUUGUAUACAUAGGAUAUUUGUCUUUGGGGACUAGGGUACUCUGAAUUUAUCUAGGAAGUAUGGAAGUGGCAGGAGCCAGGGUCAGAUGCUGGCCAGAAAGAUCCGUCCUGCUGGUUUUCAAUAGCUGCUCUCCCUGGGGAGCAAGGAUUUGGGGCUGGUGGAUGGGGGGACAGCAAGAGUGUUAGUGACCUGCCUCGCGGGUGUGGUCCUGGGCUUUGGCCUGGCUGCCUCCCUCCCCACCAAGUUCUUUUUUGAGUUAGUUGCCAGUGGGCCCCGCUUGCCCCCUUUGCCAUGGGCUCACAGCUUGCCAAGAAAGACCCCAACGCUCGCUGGGGCAGCACCAGGGCCAGUUGGGACCAACUGGCCCUUCCUUUGUAAAGAUGUAAAUACUUUAUUUUGGUUUUCUAUUUCUUAGCCCAGUGUCAUAUUGACAUUGGUAUUUCAGAAUUGUUCUCAGAUGGGUUCUCCUGUGCUGCCCUCUUUUGCUCUCCUAUUUUGGGGGGUUUUAUAAAAAGAGAGGAUUGGGGAGGGGCAGGGAGAGUAGCUUCCUUUGGGCUCCCUGAUUGUGGAACACACACACACAUACACACACUUCUGAGCUUCUGAACAGGGAAAAAAAUGAUUGACAAGUCAACACAUUUUGUUUUCUUGUGGCAAUAUGUCUAGAGGUCUCUGACUGGCCUGUCCAUCAUGGACUUAGCUCCGUGGAUGGAGCUCAGAUGACCUGGCGAAUCAAACCACUUUGGCUUGGGAUGGGGGAGAGGGUGUGGGGCAGGGGGUCAUAUAAGGUAUAACUUAAGCUAAAUGUAAUCUAUUUAUAAAGCAAGAGACUCUCAUCUAUUUUUAUGAAAGGAAAGGUUUUUUUAAAAUCUAGGGUAGGCAGUUAUGGUAGCCCAGCAUUUUUCUGUGGACAAGAUGCAUGUUGCUGCUGGAUUUAAUAUAAUCAGUACCCCUCACCUUUUCUCCUCAUCCUCACCACCUGCUCAUCCAUACCCAUGGGUGGCUUCAGCAGCGCAAAGGUCACCCCUCACCCCAUUUCUCUGUCCCUUGAUCCCCCAGCUCCUCCUUGGUCAUUGGAAGGCCAGGGGAUGGGCAUUUGUGGUAGUGGGUGGGCAGCGGGGAAUUCAGAACGGAGUAGGGUGGUGGGAGGGAAAGGGGGUGCUGGGUGGGGGACAAGGUCUGCUUCAGAGGGUGGGCUCUGAUUAGUUGCUCCGACUCUGGUCUGCCAAGAUCCAUUGCCAAGUCAGCUGUAUUUGGGAGAGAGCUGAGAAAUGAGUGGAAGACUUCCAGGCUUGGGGUGGGCUGUGUCUUAGUCUCGGGCAAACCCCUCACCAUUCCUCCUGCCAAGACAUCAAAGCAACGAGGAAAAGGCAACCUCCGCCCAUAGACUCCUUCGUGGACAUUUUCACAUCUACCUUAUUUUUAGCCCCAUCCGGGCAGACUUUCUGUCCUGCAGUCCCAUCCCACCCCACUGUUGCUCUUUGUCUGCCAGCUGGGUUUAGCGUCAAGGGGAAGGGGGGUUUAUACUCACUGAAAGACUACUGACCCUACCGGAAACCAACCUGUUUACUGUAUUGUAAAUAUCAUGCCCUUUAUAUCCUGUAUAUUGGCUUCUUUUAAAUAAAGUGAAAUGUCUUAGAA